AUGGCGACGGCAACCGAUGCGCCCGCACCAAAGGUGCUUGGCGUGGCCAGGCGAACAUUUGGCAUGGCCCUGCUUUUGCUUGUGGUGGUUCUGUGGACAGCGUCAAAUUUCUUGGGAAGCACUAUCUUCGCCGAUAAGACCUAUCCCAAACCCUUCUUCGUGACCUACAUCAAUACUUCACUCUUUACCCUGCCUCUUUUCAGUACGCUUAUCACUCGGACAUGGGGUCUAUGGCGAAGCAAGAAAUUGUCUCAGGUCCACUCAUUCCGGAGCUGGUUGCAGCACAUGGACUCUGAUGAUCCUAAGAAUGAAGAGCAGAGUAUGUUGCGCUCUGGGUCGUUUGAUAAUGACACCGGGCGCGAUCAUGAAAUCGACAGCCCGGGGUAUUCGCGGCCGAAGCUGGAUGAUGAAAAUGCCAAGUUGGGACUUCGAGCGACGGCUAAGCUUAGCUUAGAGUUUUGCCUUCUAUGGUUUGUUGCAAACUAUUUCGCUAUGGCAUGCCUCCAGUUUACGACGGUUGGAAGUACAACUAUCCUAACUUCUACCAGUGGUGUUUGGACACUCGUCUUCGGCGCCAUGAUUGGAGUGGAGAGAUUCACUCUACGCAAGUUUCUAGGAGUCGUCGCUUCGCUGAUAGGAAUCAUCCUCAUCUCCCGAGUUGAUCUCUCGAAGCCAGACACAGGCGAUGCCACGGCCGCCGGUAACGGGGGAAGCUCUUUCCCCCACAAAACGCCCACUGAGAUUGCCAUCGGUGAUGCCAUGGCUGCAUUCAGCUCAAUCAUGUACGGUGUGUAUACGAUUGUAAUGAAGAAGCAAGUGGGCGACGAGUCGCGAGUGAACAUGCCACUGUUCUUUGGAUUGGUGGGAUUCUUCAAUCUUGUCCUCCUGUGGCCUGGAUUCUUCGUCUUGCACUGGACUGGAGUGGAGACAUUUUCACUACCAGAGACGCAACGAGUGUGGACUAUCAUCCUGGUCAACUCGCUCUCGUCGUUCAUCUCCGACAUUGCGUGGGCUUAUGCAAUGCUCCUAACCACACCCCUCGUAGUAACAGUCGGUCUCAGUCUGACUAUUCCCCUGUCCUUGGUGGGUCAGAUGUUCCUGCAAUCCCAGUAUGCAUCCCCGGUAUACUGGCUCGGUGCUGCGAUCGUAUUCCUCUCAUUCUUGGUCGUCAACCAUGAAAGCAAGGCCCAAGAAGAAGACGGCGUCCCCAGAGCAACAGGGAGACCCUCGUCGGGGGAGUAUGAAUCCAUCACCCGCGAAGAAGAAAUGCGAUAGAUUUGGACGGAGACUAUCAUUAUGAGAACUUCAUUUGUGCACACUCUCGGUUUAGGAUCAUGGCGUUUUUUGAUACAAUACUCUGCAUUUGCGUUUCUGUUCUAUUUUGAUUUGCAUGCCUCGUACCUAGACUCUUUUUACAUUCUGACGUUGGCGAUUAGAAUUUCUCGCAGUGUGCAUAUGGAUCACUAUGACUGUCCUUAUCUAGACUGUCGGAAAACCAACAAACAAGCCACAUUCCGGAACUUGUGUACGCAUUAAUCCUUAUUGGUUGCUUUUUCUCAGAGCACAGCGACUAUGUAUUCUAAACCCUGCACUGACCAAUCGUUCUCCGAUGCGGCAGUGCGGGACGGAAGCGCCUACCUGUCCAACGAUAGUGAAGCGAGCAGCCUCCAUUCCACUCGCUGGCAGCAUGCAAUAACUAAUGCACUCACCUGUUGGUUUUACGUGUCGGCCUUUUUCUGGGGCUGAGCUACCUAGGCUGAUCAUGAGGCUCUCUACAGCGCCAGUUGCGAUUGUUUAAAUGAGG